AGGGUGGGAAAAUAAGAAAGAAAGAGAGAUAGAUUAAGAUAGUAUCAUAGGAAAGGAAGGAGGUUAGUGACAGAGAUUGAAGAGUGAUUCUUACUGGUCUCUGGGAUCAUUUACACAGGGUCCGAUUUCUCUCCGUUUCGCUGUAAUUCUUUUGAUUUUCCACGAUUGUUUCAUCACAAACAUGGGUUUCAUUGGCCUGCUGCCAUUCGUCCAACAUUAUUUUAACCUUAAUUGAGCUAAAACAUUAUGUCAAUCUGCUCGUUACUUCACAUUACACCUCUGGAGACUCGUGCACCUGUGUGCUUACUCUCUCUCAAUGGAGUUAGGGCGUCCAUGGCCAAUCACCCUGGAAGAGUUAACAUCCAGAAUGUCUUUGUUAUGAAAAAUGGACUGGAGGUUGGUAACAUGAAGUUUAUUCCAUGUUCACGCCAGUUUAAAUGCUCAGCCAACUCUCAACGGAUCAAUCAACACUAUAGUAAAGAUCCCUUUUCUAAUUUACACCCUGAAGUUUUUAUGCUUAAAGGUGAGGGUGGAAGAAAAGUAGGUCAACCUAAUCAAGACGAUUUAAUUGGAAGCAUAACUGAGGAUAUGAUAGAUUCAUCGGAUAUUCAUAACAACAAUGAGGCCAAAAUCAAAGUGAUUGGUGUUGGAGGUGGUGGGUCAAAUGCUGUCAACAGAAUGAUAGAAAGUUCAAUGAAGGGUGUGGAAUUUUGGGUUGUGAACACAGAUGCUCAAGCAAUACGAAUUUCUCCUGUGUUCCCUGAACAUAGACUACAAAUUGGCCAAGAGUUGACUAGAGGACUUGGUGCUGGUGGGAACCCGGAUAUUGGUAUGAAUGCUGCUAAUGAAAGCAAAGAAUCAAUACAGAAAGCUGUUGCCAAUGCAGACAUGGUCUUUGUGACGGCUGGGAUGGGAGGAGGAACAGGCACAGGUGGGGCACCAGUGGUUGCAGGAAUUGCAAAAUCUAUGGGCAUCCUGACUGUAGGUAUCGUGACAACUCCAUUCUCCUUUGAGGGAAGAAGGAGAGCUGUCCAAGCCCAAGAAGGGAUUGCAGCUUUGAGAGAAAAUGUGGACACACUGAUUGUCAUUCCAAAUGACAAGCUGUUGACUGCAGUUUCCCCUUCAACUCCAGUUACAGAAGCAUUUAACCUUGCAGAUGAUAUUGUCAGACAAGGCGUUCGUGGAAUCUCUGACAUAAUUACAAUCCCUGGAUUGGUGAAUGUGGACUUUGCUGAUGUACGAGCUAUCAUGGCAAAUGCAGGGUCAUCGUUGAUGGGAAUAGGAUCUGCAACAGGGAAAAACCGAGCUAGAGAUGCCGCAUUAAGUUGUAUACAGUCGCCUUUAUUGGAUAUAGGAAUAGAGAGAGCUACUGGAAUUGUCUGGAAUAUUACUGGUGGCAAUGAUUUGACUUUGUUUGAGGUAAAUGCUGCAGCAGAGGUUAUAUAUGAUCUUGUGGAUCCUAGUGCUAACUUGAUAUUUGGAGCAGUUAUAGAUCCAACAUUAACUGGUCAAGUUAGCAUAACUCUGAUUGCAACUGGAUUUAAACGACAAGAAGAAACUGAAAGGAAGUCUGGCCAGGCAAGUCAGAUAGGUCAAGAAUUCGGGGGGAGACCUUCCCUAUACGGUGAAAGUGGCGGUGGAACAGUAGAGAUUCCGGAAUUCUUGAGGAAGAAAGGGCAGUCUCGUUAUCCAAGAGUUUAAAUUGCGUUUAAACCUCCUUAGGAGUUUGAGCCAUCGGUUUGUACUGUAGGAAAGUUUUUUUAUGUGCGAGGAACAAAGUGACAAAGAUCAAUCCAGACAGCUAGAAUAAAAGUGUAUAUGUUGUGUUUUUGCA